CUCAUUCCCAUUUCCAUUAGAAAACAACCCCAUUACAGUCCAACUUCACCACCCAUUUAACGGUCCAUUUGCGCUACUCCGUUUCAGCUUCUUUAUACAUCUUUCACAGUAUUAUUUUAAGCUUAUUUUCUGCAAAAAUGAGAUCUAUGAAUCUUGUCGAUUCAUGGGCUGCUCAAGUUUGUUCAGUUUUCAAUCAAACCAUACCCAAUAAAACCUUCACUGGAUUCAUGAAAAUUCCUGUGAAAAACCCAAGUUUUUUGAAACAAAAAAGACCAUUUUCUGCUCUAAGUGUGUCAGCUAUUGCUACCAAAGAAGAUGAGAGAGUUAAGGAAGCUGGAACACAGAAGGAGCAAUUCAACUUCAAAACUUACGUAGCUGAAAAGGCUAUUUCUGUAAAUAAAGCUUUAGAUGAGGCUGUUAUAGUAAAAGACCCACCUGUGAUCUACGAAGCAAUGCGCUAUUCGCUUCUCGCCGGCGGUAAGAGAGUCCGGCCGAUGCUCUGCCUCGCCGCCUGCGAGCUAGUCGGCGGCGACCAAUCCAACGCUAUGCCGGCUGCUUGCGCCGUCGAGAUGAUCCACACUAUGUCCCUCAUUCACGACGAUUUACCUUGUAUGGAUAACGACGAUAUCCGCCGUGGAAAGCCGACGAACCAUAAAGUCUACGGCGAGGACGUGGCGGUCCUCGCCGGAGACUCGCUCCUUGCUUUCGCCUUCGAGUUCAUCGCCACUGCAACCGCCGGAGUUUCACCGUCGAGAAUCCUCGCCGCCAUCGGCGAACUGGCGAAAUCCAUCGGAACUGAAGGUUUAGUAGCUGGACAAGUAGCGGAUAUAGCUUGUACUGGUAACCCUAAUGUUGGACUCGACACACUCGAAUUCAUUCACAUACACAAAACGGCGGCGCUUCUAGAAGCUUCCGUAGUUCUCGGAGCAAUCCUCGGCGGCGGAACAGAUGAAGAAGUGGAGAAAUUGAGAAGAUUCGCGAGGUGUAUUGGAUUAUUGUUUCAAGUAGUGGAUGAUAUACUCGAUGUUACAAAGUCGUCGGAGGAGCUCGGAAAAACCGCCGGAAAAGAUUUGGUAGUGGAUAAAACGACGUAUCCAAAACUGCUGGGAUUGGAAAAGGCUAAGGAAUUUGCGGCGGAGCUCAACCGAGAUGCUAAACAACAGCUGGCGGAUUUUGAUCCACACAAAGCUGCUCCGUUGGUUGCCUUGGCAGAUUACAUUGCUUAUCGUGAAAAUUAGGAAAUUUAAUUUUUCUUAUAUUUUUCUUCGAGCUAUACGGUGUAAUUCGCGAAUCAAUUGAAUCAGAGCGUUUCCGUUAAUUAACUGUAGCUUCUUCAUUUUCACCCUGUGGUUUGAAUCAACCUUCGAAAGUGAAGGUGAUGUAUUAUUGGACUAAUUUCUAUCCUUAGAAGUUGGAAUGGCUCAUUUUUGACACCA